AUGGUGGUUGGUGCUUUAUUAGGAGAAAAUAUUUCUAUUAUCGGUUUUCAAAAAUAUUUUUUAAUUUUCCACUUUUUUUUUUUUUUUUUUUUUUUUUUUUUUUUUUUUUUUUUUUUUUUGAUGAAUUCCUUAAUCAAGCUUGAAAAUUUGUAUUAA